UGAGUAGGUCUACAGACCGCCGCUGCACCACAAUGUUUGGGCGACUGGCUGCUUUGAUUAUUUUUGGUACAAAGGCUCUGAUUCUAACUGCAGAGGUUCCUCAGCUGAUCUCUCUGACUGAGGUGGAACGCGGCAACAACGUCAGUUUGAAAUGUCCAGUCUCUGAAGACAAAUUCUUUUACUGGUAUAAACAGUCGUUUGGACAUCAGUUGCGUACGGUUGCUUCAAGUAUAAUCAACAAGACUGAAGUCAAUGAUUCACGUUUCACACUCACACGAGUGGAUGAUCGGUAUCUUCUUAACAUCAGUAAUGUCAGCAAAGAGGAUGAAGCAAUAUACUUCUGUCAGACUGGAACAACAUAUCAACUGACUUUCCUCGGUGGCACUUUCUUGGCUGUGAACGAUCAGGAUCAGCAGAAACAUUACAGCGUGAGACAAAGUCCAGAGACUGCGUCAGUCAGACCAGGAGCCUCAGUGAUCCUCCAGUGUUCACUUCUCUCUGAGCACAAAGAAAACCUGGUCCAGUGUCCAGGUGAACACAGUGUGCACUGGUUCAGAGCUGGAUCAGGACGCUCCCAUCCCGACGUCAUUUACACUCAGAGCAGCAGGAGAGAUGGACAAGAGGAGAAAAGCUGCGUCUACAGACUGUCCAAAACUAUACACAACUCCUCAGAUGCUGGGACUUACUACUGCGCUGUGGUGACAUGUGGAGAGAUCCUGUUUGGUGGAGGAACCAAAGUGGAGACGAGAUCAGAAUUGGACCCACUUGUCCUUGCGCUUGCGGUGCUGCUGGUCUGUUGUGUGACCGUGAUUGUCGUCCUUAGUGUCAAAGUAAAUCAAAGAGUUUGCAAACAUUGUAAAGGCACCAUGAGCACCUUCCAUCACAAAGGACAUGGAAGGUCAAGUCUGGAUCAAUCAAAUAAUUUGGAAGGUGAAGCCGAGGAAUUGACCUAUGUAGCACCGACUUUCUUUGAAAGGAGAGCAAGAGUGGAGGAGAAGAAAGAGUCACCACAUCAGUGCUUGUACUCUUCUGUAAAGCCUCUGACUCAAACUGCGGAGGUUCCUCCCCAGAUCUCCUUGAUGGAGGUUGGAAUUGGUAAAAAUGCAACUUUACAAUGUCAGGUUUCAGAGAAGGAAGGCAAAUUCUUCCAUUGGUACAAACAGACUCAUGGAUACCUGAUCCAAACAGUCGCCACAGGAACUUUUUCCACGCAAUCGCUCCAGGGGCAAUUUAGGAACUCGCGUUUUGCAGUAACAGAGGGGAUGUCCCAUUAUUCUCUGACCAUCGCAAAUGUGGCGAAGGAGGAUGAAGCAACAUACUUCUGUCAAAAUGGAACUGCGUACUCACAGACCUUUGUGAAUGGCAUCUUCCUGGCUGUGAACGAUCAGAAUCAGCAGAAAUCUGUUAUUGUGAAACAAAGUCCAGAGACUGCGUCAGUCAGACCAGGGGCCUCAGUGAUCCUCCAGUGUUCACUUCUCUUCAAGCACAAAGAAAACCUGGUCCAGUGUCCAGGUGAACACAGUGUGCACUGGUUCAGAGCCGGAUCAGGACGCUCCCAUCCCGACGUCAUUUACACUCAGUGUAGCAGAGAUGAACAAGAGGAGAAGAGCUGCGUCUACAGUCUGUCCAAAACUAUACACAACUCCUCAGAUGCUGGGACUUACUACUGCGCUGUGGUGACAUGUGGAGAGAUCCUGUUUGGUGGAGGAACCAAAGUGGAGACAACACAAGAGCAGAACCUACUGGUAAUUGCACUGGGGGUGCUGUUGGCUCUGUGUGUGAUUGUGAUUGCCGUCCUCGUUUCUCUCCCUCGAUCAUGAGAGAAACCUGCUGGACACUUACCUGCAGCUCGG